AUGCCAUCAAGAACUGAGGGGUUUGGUUUGACAGCAUUAGAGGCCAUGUCAGCUGGUCUUCCCAUUCUAGUUAGUGGAAACUCCGGAUAUGGAAAAGCACUGCGUGGUCUUCCAAUGGGUGAGUCUUUUGUGAUCGACUCUGAUGACCCCAAGGAAUGGGCAAAGGCAAUUGCAGCCAUCCGUCAAAAAUCAAGGACACAGCGGCUUGAGGAAAUCCAAAGACUGCGAAGAAGUUAUGAUGAAAGAUUCUCUUGGGACAGACAGUGCCAGGCCCUUGUUGCCAGAAUGUGGAAGAUGGUCUAUGGUAAGAAAUCAAAUUUACCGAUAGAAAAGUAACGAUAAUAAUAAUAAUUAGUACUUGAAAAUGUUAAAAUGCAUAUCUUAUCAGGAUUAUCCUUCAUUUGACCUUCUUCUUUCAUCACUGUAUGGCCAUGGCUUCUGCAAUAGCGAGUGCAUAAAUACAUUUUUACUAUGUUAUGUUUCGUGGUCCACGUGCAUCGCUAUUGUCGUUAGCCUUUUUAACCUUAAUGUUAGCAUUCACACUCUCCACACUGUUCUCCAUACAUAUCUUGUGUUACUGAUGAGGAGAAUUUGUUUAAUAAUCAAGAUCUUUUUUACCGGCUUAUCAAUUCUAUUCUUUAAAACUUUUAUGUAUAAUUUUAUAAAAUGUUGGCUACACUUGAAGGAGUUAACGAUAAAAGAAAAUUAAAAUCUAUAACAUUGCGAUACAUCAAAGUCGUCUGAUUUCUAUUCAUAUUCGGCAGCAAUUUUGGGGUUCUCUUGUAUAUAAAAAGAAAAUAACAAAAAAAGCCCAGCCAAACUUUUGGGUCAUAACUUAUAACAAAAAAUGAAUGGAAGCCUUAAAGGUUGGAAUCUUCCUUUUUUUAAGUGACAUUUUUUUGUUAUAAUCAACACUUUUUUUUAAUUUACAGGUCUUGAAAAAAACAAAGAAGGUGACUUUCCACCGAACGACUGUGAAAAAGUUGCUGCAACAGGACCGAUGGCAGGUAAGAGUGAGGUUAUUUUCUUCUGUUGAACAAGGGUGCUUUCGAUUAUUCGGAUGCUUUUAGCUUUUCAAUGUUUAGUGUAGCAUCUCCGAGUAAACUGACGUAUAUGUAAAAUAACUGUUUCCCUCUCCCGCUUACAGUCUCCCUUGCUUGCUGGGUUGGAAUCCCAGUUUAUCUAGUCUUAAUAGCGAUGUAACUAUCAUAGACUGAAAUAUCAGUCCCUAAAGCUCCUGUCUUCCUUGCUCUUUUGUGCGUUGUUGCUCAGGGCUCCCAUUGAUAACAGACAGCUUUUUGCGUCUGAAGGGGCUACCCUGAGCGGUAUAAAUUAAUAAAGGUUCUUCUUCUUCUUUUUCUUCUUGUUUCCCUUGCUCGCUGGGUUGGAAUCCCAGUUUGUCUAGUUUUAACGAUGAUUUAACUAUCAUAGACUCAAAUAUUAGUCCUGAAAGCACCUGUCUCCCUUGCUUGGAAUCCCAGUUUAUCCAAUUUUAAUAGUAAGUUUUAACUAUCAUGGAUUACAAUAUCAGUCCUGGGAGCACCUGUCUCCCAUGCUUGCUGGGUUGGAAUCCCAGUUUAUCUAGUUUAAUAAUGAUUUAACUAUCCUAGACCGAAAUAUCAGUCCUGGGAGCUCCUGUCCCCCUUGCUUGCUGGGCUGGAAUCCCAGUUUAUCUGGUUUUAAUUGUAAGUUUUAACCAUCAGACACUGAAAUAUCAGUCCCGGGAGCUCUUGUCUCCAGUGCUUGCUGGGUUUGAAUCCCAGUUUUACAGGCCAGGCCAUUUAAAUUCACUGCUAAUUUUAAACUUUACAGGUGUUGAAAAAACCCAAGAUGACCUUCCACAGAAUGGUUUUGAAAAAGAUGCUGCAACAGCACCGAUGGCAGGUGAUGUCAUUGUUUGCUUUGUCAAUUAAACCAAAGCCAAAAUAUAUUUUUGCGGUAGAGUGCAGUUACUUUGUUCUUUUAAAACCACAGUAAUUUUUCUGAAAUUGUCGACUGUUGUAAGUUUCAGACUAGUGCACUGUGCUGCACCUGUUUUAUGGAACUCGCUGCCAUUAACUAAAAGAAGAAGUAGGAGCCAUUUUUAAAAAGAAUCUUAAAACAUUUCUUUUUAGGAAAGCUUAUACUUUACUAGAAUAACUCUGAAGUUUAGUGCUUGAAUAUUUUAAUUUUAAUUUUGUAUAGAAUUUUAGACUUUUUAGUUUUUCGCAUAGCAUGGAAUUUUUUUAUUAUUAUUAUUAUCGUUAUUAUGAGCUUUUUAGGAACUUAAUGUGAAGCGCUUUUGAAUAUUUUAUAGUUCUAGCACCAUACAAAUUCUUUAUCAUUAUCAUUAUCAUUAUCAUCAUCUCCUACAAAACUGGCGUGAAAUAACCUCUAUCUUAUUUUGUCUUUUUCAUCUUCCGCUUUCAGGUGAACUCAUUUUCCGUACACUUCAACAAAUCCUGCUGCAAGCACGCACAGAGUCCAGCAAGACUGAGCUUUCGCAGGCGUUAAAGAAGACUGCGUUGGAAAAAGGUUUUGCGAUAUCUGACAAUCAAGGAGAGGGGAACUGCAUGUUUUUUGCACUUUCAGAGCAGCUUGACCUCAUCAAAGGAAUUCAAAUCUCCCAUGAUGAGUUACGCCGAACUGUUGUACAACACCUUCGGGAAAACCCCAGGCUGGUAAGUAUCUUAUUACCUUAUUAGGGUGCACACAUUUGCAGUAUACGAGCAUAGCUGUGGCAUUUGCCCGCUACAUUGUUUUAAUUCCUCUUAAAGUUAAAAACAAUAAGGCCCUGUCCACACGUAUCCGAAAUACGCGUCCACACAAAGCGUAUUUGAAUCUUUUUCGCCCGUCCACAUAAAAACGCUAAAAUGAUUGAAAUACGAUAGCAGCCAUUUACAGAGCAUGCGCAGUGUUGUAUUCUAAAUCCUCUGUAUUCGUCCAUCCGCACGUCGGUUUCUAAAAUCUCCACUCUUUGGACCAUUUAUGAAAACCUGCUUCUUCGGCGCCCGAAAAUGCCGAUCACGUGUAGACGGAAGGCUAAAAUGGACAAAUAAAUCUCCGAUUUAAAAAAUCUAUGCAUCCGGAUAUGCGUGGACGGGGCCUCAAAUUCCUGCAAUUGAAUGUGACGGCUUUACGGGUAUGCUGCAAAUGAAUCCACCCUUUAUGAGCAAAACAUCAGCUCUGCAUGAGCAUCACGCUUGUUUGUACUUUGCUUCGUCGUUCACUGCACGACUGCGACGCAAAACGUCUGUAUGCGACGUUUUGUGGAGGGCGCCGAACCCCCCACAGUGACUAAAUGAGCGCGAUAAAUUUUGAGAGAACGCACAUUCUUUUCCCAAGUUACUUUUCGAGUCGGAGGCAUAAGUGGAUACCGAGAAAUUUUUUUAUUUGUUUUUCUCGGCUCGAUCGUCAUGCUCAUGUCCUAUUUUAUUUUUCAACUGUACGGUAUUUUGCUUAACUUGAAAUGUCGACCAACACCAGUUUUGUGUGAACAGGAUAUGACUACAUACUGGUUUUAAAGUCGCAAUUUCCAAACUCACAUUAUUUUAACAGUAAACAUCCCUUCCCUCCUCUCUCUCUUUCUCUCUUACACGUGUAACGGACACCACCCUAAAACCUACUCCAACUCCCUAAAAGUGUUGGUCCCUGCCGUUCUUAACUGUUGGUUUUUUUUUUUGACAUUUUUUAGGAGUAGUAUAGGUCACAUAGGUUAGACCCCUUUUUGUAGUCGAAUCUUGUUACUGUGAAGUUACGUCGAUGACAUGACAUCUUUAUCUCAGCAAUAAAAUGCGGUGGAAUCUCAUCAAGAUAACGUCACGAGCUAUUUUUAUGUAGUAUUUAGUAUAUCCAAUUAUUCUUAUAUUGAUGAUGUAACUUGUUGGGAUCUUGUCCUUAUUUUGUGAGAAUGAUGUGGUAGAUCAUUCUAAAUUAUGUGCGUCAUGUUUUUAAUUAUUUGGUCAUGAAGACACCUCUAAACCAUGACGCCUUCAUUGUCCAUUGCAGACAACUUAAUCUGUCUUCACACUAUACCGUAUAGUUUUUUCGCGGGCACGAGAAUCAUACCGGAUGGGGUUUCAGUUCACACAUAAGAACGGUGAUUUCGGCGCGAUUUCUGUUAAACGGAGAGAAGCUGUGCUGCACCGAUCUCUUAAGUGGAGAGUCACAUAUCGGAUACGAUGUUCAUACUAUACUGGAUGGCUUUUCGUGUCGUCACCAAAGCUUAUCUGGUAUAGUAUGAUCAUAGCUUUAUUGUUCUGGUUCCGGUUCACUGAUUCUUGGCGCGCAAAGGAGAUAAAGACGUCAUCGACGUUAAUUCAUUUCACUUUAGAAAAGACGUCUACCUGGCUCCUCCUAUACUACUAAGGUCAACAAAUCUCUGCUUUAAUACUUUAAUAGGGAUACUCCUAAAACAGUGUACACUAUACUAGUGCUGAUACCAGUGGGGUCAGCCUUAGAGAGAACAAACAACGCGGCUGUCUAAAUAAAAUACCUUCUACAAAAGCACUCUACCUUUUUCUCUAUUAACUACAGUAUUUUCUUUCUUUCUUACAGCCGGAUGGGACAGAACUGUUUCAUUUUGUUGAUGGAUAUCCAUCUUGGGAUGCCUACCUCACAAGUAUGAUGGCAGAUGGUACAUGGGGUGAUCACGUGAUUCUACACGGCGCGGCAAACUGUUUUCAAACGUGCAUCCACGUGAUCAGCAGUCUGCGGCAUCGCCAUGACGUAAUGAUCUGCCCAGAGUAUGAUGUUGCUGGUCGCAACCGGCUUGUGCUGGGUCACCUGCACGAGCUUCACUAUGUUAGCCUUAUUCCACAUAAAGGAGGUAAAGAUGUCUGAUUAUACUGUGAUUCAAGAGUUGCUAACUCGCGUUAUGAAAUGGAAGACAUUUGAGUGGAACAUUUGACCUUAAUUGUGGCACCUCAUUUGCAAAGAUGUUGGAAGAAAUAAGAGGUCUAUUUUUUCACAUGUACAGGUUUUAAUCCGUCAAUUUUCUUAUGACUGUACAAUUAGCCGUUUUAAUAGUGAAAACUAAAAACAUUUUCUGCCUAAAAAAAUUCAUGCAGCCUCCUCAAUUUCUUCGAUAAAUUACUGUAGUUUUCUUAAUAGAACUUGGUUUUUAGGGCCAGCAUCUUGCCUGCAGUCCCCUGUAAAUACUCCACCAUUAGACCCUAUUGUUGUAAAAAUCCUUGGAAAAUACGCGUACUAAUGAUUACCUAGUUUCUCUCUCUUUGAGUCAUGUCGCUGAUGAUUAUGACUGUGACUGUAGCGUGUGAACACUCGGUUUUAACGUCUGUCAGUAUACAGGUCAAAAUUUUUUUCCUAGCAAUUUCAUUAGCAUUUAGAGGUUAAGAACAAUUUUUGCUCCAGUUGUUCCUUGCCUGCAGUCUUUGAAAAUAUUCAGUGUCAGGUUCCAUACUGAGUAGAAUUUAUUCGUUUAGGAUCAAUCCUUUUUUAAGGUAUUCCUUACCACAGAACUUAGUCAAAGACGUUUCUAAUCGAGUUCUUUAAGAAUUGUUCCUGUUUCUGGUGCGCUUCUAUCAAUCUGUAAUAUUUUCAGCCUCGAAUAACUCUUUCAUUGACAAGUUAUUCAUGUUUAACACUAAUUUCUGAAUGACAGCAAUCCUUAACUAGCUUGCGAAUACAGAAGCCUCUAAUUACGCCUCGUCGCUGUGGAACACCAAUUCCUUACCAUAUUAUGUAAGUAUUCCAAUAGAGUAGAAGUAAGUUAUCAGAGUAUUUUUCUUACCAUUGUAUGUUAAUAUAUUACCAAGGCCACUGCCUCUAUUUUGGUACAUAGGUUAUAGUAAAAUUAGUUAGGUUUAAAAAAUGUGUCAUUCUACCUACUUAGUGAGAGUCUUUUUAUAAUUUGCUAUAGUGUAUUAACUAAUAAAUUAAAACGUACUAGUGUUAGGGCGCCGGACCGGUUAUUUCGUAAUUGAAAUAGGCUUUUUAAAGGAGUUUUGGUUAAAAUUAAUACAUAUCAACCCAUGCAUAUUAUUCACAAAUUGACUCAUCUCAGGCUGGACAUUUUCAGUUAAGAGAGUAGUUCUCAUUACAACGUGGAGGCGUGUGUGACUGAGCGGUUAACACCUCGAACUCUGGAUCUCUCGUUGAUUCCUUAGACAAGGAAUUUUACUCCACUUUGUUGUCUCUCUUCGCCCAGAUGUAUAAUGGGUACCGGCGACAUACUGCUGGGGGGUCAUCAUCAUCAUCAUUAUCAUCAUCAUCAUCAUCUUUAUUUAAUCACGGAAUCUCAUUCAUAAAAAUGCUCUUCCAGAGACCCGUGCAAAAAUCAUGCAAUAAAAUAACAUUAGAUAAGUAUAGUUAUUAAAACGGUUCUAAAAUUACAAAUGCGAGAGAAAUAAUUUCAAGCUUGUGUGUCCUUUUACGACGUUUGAUAGACUAUUCCAGAGAACCGCUCUUCUAUAGUGGAAGCUGUUUUUUUUUUUUUUCAGGCUCAGUAUACAGUCUUGGUACAAACAAAUUAUGUUUUGAGUUCCUUAGAUUAUAGGAGUACAUAGAGUUUGUACCAUUAAAAAUUUGAGCCAAAUUAUCUGUUGCAAUGUGAUUUUUCAAUUUAUACAUUAUUGUGGCUAAUUGCCUUGUCCUUCGUGUCUCAAGAUUAUCCCACCCAAGUUCGUCCAGUAUCUCAACUGAUCGCCUAUCGUAACUAGACGAAGUUACCACUCUGGCAGCUCUGUUUUGGAGGGUCUGGGGUCUGUUACGCAUCCCUUCCCCACAGCUCCCCCACACUAUACUACAAUAAUCGAAAUACGAUAGUACAAUGGAUUUGAACAUUGUAAUUAGUGUAUGAUAAGGCAUGAGAUGCUUUACACGUCUCAAAACUCCAAUUCCUCCAGAAGCUUUCUUAGCAAUUUUUUCUACAUGAUCUCUCCAAGUUAAUGAUUGAUCUGUUUCAACACCAUGAUAUUUAUAACCCUGCGAUGGACUAGGAUCCCGACCAGGGGGGAGUAGCAAUACCUCUAGGCUUGCUUCAUGCUAAGCAAACCGGUAUAAGCUCCGGCCGUGUGGGCCUUUGGCUCGUGUGCUCCUUUACCUUACCUUUUCCUCACUACCACGGGAGCGGUCUGGCUGCCGGUCAAUUCUGACAAAUGAACAGUGCACUUUACCCCUUAGUUGAAAACACUACUAAUAAUACUUUGUGCUACAGACAUCUUGAUCUCAUGCAUGCUCCAGUUUCCUAGUGAUUUUUGCUAAAAUAAAGUUGAAUAAAGUACUCUAUUCUAUUAAUUAAGAAGCAAAUUAGAAAAACUGUAAUCAGUUUGAAACUUUAUAACGUGAAAAGAUUGACCACUGUAAAUAUACUAAUUUGACAUUUUUGUAAAUAAAGAUCUCUGUUUCAAUUUAAUUUAUACAUUAAAUAAGUGUCUAAACAAGUCUAGUUAAUCCCUCAAUUAGCCAUUGAAUGGAGGUCCCAGUCGCGAAUAAGGACCCUACUUCCCUUCAUAUCACGAAUCAUGUAUCUAACAUCCAUUAUUGCAGAAAAUUAUCUCCAGGAUUACGAUCAGUUAGUGUCAGCUCUCGUCCGGUUUCAGUUCAUGUUCAGUUUCUGAGCGUUGACAAGAUUGCGGGUAAAGCUUUAAAACAAUCUUAGAAACGCAUCAGCCCAGCCUGAGAAAAUGCGUUCAAGAUCAUUCUUUGGCAUGUUACAACGUGGGUCACUAUAUGAAUAGAUAUAUUAGCAGCUAAAUUCGAUUCGGUUUUUUCACGAAUACCACGAAUCAGGGACCUCAAAAUUAAGUGAUAGUGCGUCAUGCUAGACCGGAAAUUCACGGAUCACAGCAUUUCGAGCUCUCUAUAUGAAAGUCAAACGGACUUAGAGACACAGGACAAGAUCGCAAAACCUAAGCCAAACAAACAAACACACUAGGACACAAACUAUAGCACAAGUAAGUAAGUAUCGGUAAGUAAGUGAGUAAGUAAGUAAGUGUCGAAUCGGGUGGAUGUAAUAGUAAAUAGAGCAAAACCGGGUGGGCCUACUAAAGCGUACAGUUGGUAGCAAGAACAGAGAAAUUUUCUCCAUGCUCUGUGAGUCCUUGGUAAUAUCGGUCCUGUCCGGCGGGCAAGGCGAAACGAAAAGAGACUUCGUAAGAGAAAAUGUAUGAGAACUGCAAAAAUUGGGCCUGAUCUCAGGUUAUAAUCAGCCUUGCUUCUUUUGCUCCACUCUUUUUUGAUAGUCUCACAGUUAGAGCAGAGGACACUGUCCUGUCACGAGUCUAUCUUAAGUAUGUCGGCGUUAUGCUCGAUCCAUACCUCUCGUGGAAUGACCACAUAGACUACAUCGGGCGCAAAAUAUCGGCAAAGCUCGGCAUGCUUCGUAAAGCGCGCAAGGUCAUUCUGCGUGGGUCGUGAAUCGUAUUUAACACUUAAUAACGCCAUGAAACUUCCAGUAUUCUAGCCUGCGAACCGCAGACGUAUUUCCGGUCGUCGCCUCUCUCCCUCCGAAAAAUUUUUCGGAGGGAGAGAAGCGACGACUGGAAAUACGUCUGCUGUUCGCAGGCUACCAGCAUUCGACUGUUGCGCUGUUGUAUGGUACUCCUGCAGUAAGGCUGACCGUGAGCACUUGGAUAAGCCACAUAGGCGUGCCGCCAGUAUUAUCGAAGGCUACACAGUUUGACAAUCGCAGAUAUCCCACACUUUCGGUUGGCCUACGCUCCAGUCCCGCCGGGACUAUCUAAAGUGCAUGCUGCUGUUUAAGAGCGUUCAUGGCCUGGCUCCAGCAUAUUUACUUAGUUUAGCCACUCGCGUGAUUUCCAUUCUUAUAACACGCGCUAUAGAGAUUUGCUCCGUCUGCCAUCACUAGCUAGAUCUGGAACUCUUCCUCUGGCCCUGAGGAGCCAUUAUAGUCUAAAGAAGUUUAGGUUUGGCCUCAAAAGGCACCUUAGAUCCAAGCCAAAUUGAGCCUUCAAUACUUUUCCUAUACUUUACAGUUCUUCCAUUUUUUAUCUGUUAGUGUUACUGUCUUUUGUAUAUUUUUUCUUUUCAUCAGGACCCAAUUCAAACCAGCCUCACUCAACUGGGCACCCCUGAAUAAAUAUUGUUCAAAAUAAAAUAAAAACCAUCUCUUUUCUUAUGGUCCGUUCCCGUUGUUCCUUCUGGUCGUCACGCUUCCGCUUCCGGCUUCAUGCUUUAAACAAUUGGGUAGAAAGAAUCUAGGCCCUGGGAACGAGGGGAUCAGGAAUGAACUGGAAGUUAGCCAAGAUUUCAUUGCAUUCCGUGAAAGAAGCAAAAAAAGAGCAAUCAACAUAUUAAGACGAAAACCAUCAAACCGUUUCUUCCUCAGAUCAGCAGCCUUAGGUAAGAGUUGUAUAUUACAUAUAGAAUGCUUCAUAGAAAGUGCCUAGUUAUGGUAUUUCAUACGACCGAGUUGCUUGGUUGAAGUAUGGAAAAUCUCACUUCCUGUGUGCUUUUGUUAUAUACAGUACUCAUUCCAUGGUUAUUUGAGUUUGAACUCGAACUUGAAAGUUUUUAAGGUAUGUAAUUCGACCAAGUUGUUGAGGUAUGAGAAAGCUCACUCCCUGCGCUUACUCGUGUCUGCAGCUCGUGUUUAGUGCUCGUUCCAUUGGUUAUUAACUUUAGAAUAUUUUCCCGGCCACUUAUUUUCAUCUCUUUGAAUGACAAGCAUGCUCUUUGUUAUUCCUCGUUCAGCUUUAAAGCGGAAAUGAAGUAGCCAAAUGUACGUAAGGGUGCAUUCGAUUGACUUUAUCUGGAAUAGGAAUGCAUAGAAUAACCGUUCAAAUGACCUGUUAUUUCAAUUGCGGAAGUGGAAGUAUAUCAGAGACCUUAAGAUAUGCCUUUUCCUAAUGUAUGGGUAUCGAUAGAUUUCCUGGCCUAUCACUAGCCAUAAAUACCGGCGGACCACCCUACCCAGGAGAAAGAGCUAAGCUUCAGGGUGUAAUAAUGAUUGUAUUGCCCCAGGGGGUACCCCAGAUUUAAAGCAGGGUCGUAAUAUGGUAUAUGGGCUCAGGGCUCGAAGCCCAAAAUUUGAUUGGGAUCAGGGCUCAGAGGAAAGGGCUCAGGGCUCAGAAGAAUGAGAUCAGGGAUCACAAGGCUUUUGAGCCCGAAUCAGGGAUCAGAUUUAUUACACGGCCUAAAAAUCUCUUAUCACAAUAUUUUUCCGCAUAAUAAGGUUUGUGUCCAUAGAAUUUCCUGUCCGAGGUACAUUACCUAUUCUUGCUUCCGGCUGGCGGCAGUUCCAGUCAUACGAAGUCCUGGUUGUUUGACGAAAACACGGUAUCAUAUUCUUAAUUUAUCAUUAAGUCGUGAGGGCACCGUAAUAUGAAUCUCAAGUCACUUUUCUCGCUUUGUAACGCAACUCCUCAGCACGCUGUCAACGCCAGAAGGCAGAGAAAGCGACUUAUACAUAUCUUUUUUUGCGAGAAAUGGGAGGAAGAAAAAGGACAAAAAAGAAAUCCUGUGAAAGGGAAAGGUACGUAAGUACUUCUUUGAUUUACUCCUGGCAAGGGUCCAAGCAUAGAGUUUUUCGGCCGAUCAAACAUAUCAAUACCGCCAGGACAAUAGACAAACCGAUUCAUUGAAAGCGGAAUUUACUGUAUAGGACUGUAUAGGUCCCAAUUGCCUCAUCGCCUCAAGUAAGUCACAAGGCGACCAUAAAUCGAGGUUCGUAUUUUUUGACCAGUAACUUAACCCUUAAAAGUACUUAGAUAAUAAGAAUCGACAUCAAAAGUAGAAUACAAAAGUACAAUGAAUUCGCGCUUUGUUGCAAAAUAAAUGCCUUCUCGCAAUUUAACAAAUCUGCUUUAAUUGCAUGGAGCUUUGGGGGGGGUUAUCUCGAACUCUGAUGAGAAACCGAGAUCGGUUCACCUACCAGUACUAGUAUUGGGUCUGGAAAGUAAAGGACACAUCGCAUUACAUUACUGUAUAAACGAUAAAUGCUUGUAUAGUAAAUAGUCUGAAAUUACAGUGUUACAGAAUUAGUGAAAAUGAGUGGAACACCAGAGACUUACCUCGGUGACAUAAAAGUAACAAAGCCUUUAUAGUUUAUUUUCUUUAGUGUUUUUUUUAUGAAAUAAACGGUUGAAUUGGUGAAAGAAAUGUUUUAGACUAGGUAGAUGUAGCAGAGUCUGCAGGAAUUUAAUAUAUUAUAGCACUCAGCAUGAAGGGCCACCAGUAAGGGGCCCACUAUUUGAUUUUUGAGCUGGGGAUGGGUUAUUUUUUUCAUGCAAGAUUUUUUUCGAACCUCAUUCGUGCAGUAGCAAUUUUGUUUUACACAAAAUGUACAGACUUUAGCGACAAUAUUGAUCUACAAGAAUUUUUUCGGCCCUUUGGGCUAUUCGGCCUCGGCGUAUGUAAUGGUCGGCCCCGAAAGGUAUCACCACCUUAGAUUUGGAGCCUGCAUUUUUUAGUGGAGUGAGAACACCCGCUCUGAGCGACUACGCAUCGCGGCGGCCCAGCUGCCUUUUAGAAUCAAUAGAGAGGCUCUACCAAUCAUCGUUUAUCUUUUAUACCGAUCCUCAAAGCCAUUACACAGAGAAAGCUGGGUCCAAAGGAACCGGAAUGGCUUCCAAAGUCGCACGGCAAGAGUAAACCUUAAGGAAGAUAUGGACGAGGAAACGAGCGCGGAGGCAAAGGAUCGACAAAGGAAGGCAUUGCAGAGCUUUGCGAAAGAAUUCGGUCGGGGUGUAGGACAGCAACGAACAAGAGACCAAAGAAAGAGCUGGUACACUUCCACUUACUCUGAGUAUGUUCAGAGGGAAUGCGUCGGCACAUAGAGAAGUCGAUCUGCUGAAAGAGGUUUACAGGAGUGAAGGACAAACUACAGUUCAAGACGCAGCCGAAGAAUAUGAGAUUAUUUAUUCAAAAGACGACGUAGUUGCUCUCAAGCACAAUUACAAGAGGUAUAUCAUUCCUUUCUUCCAAGCAGUUCUUUUAAAAGAUCUCAUUCCUGGAAGAUCAUAUGGGUUUGAGAUGGCUGAAACAGUCAGAAGAAGAUCCCCUUGUAUACUAGACUGGGACCGUGACGAUAGAAAUUCACCUAAGUGUAUCAUCGGGAAAGCUCAAAUAAUAAAAGAUGGAAACAACUUCUGUUUGAGCUGCCUUGAAGAGAAAUGCCUAGUUGCAUUGCUCCAGGGGUCAGUUGAAUCAGAUGAUUCACCUGCGUCAGGUGGUGACGAAGAGGAAGGUGAGCAAGCUCAGGCGGACAACUUUUCAGAGCCAAUUAGAUUUGAAGCUAGAAGGAGUAGGUCUGGAAGACCUGCAACCAGAUAUGUCCCCUAACAAUCUACAAUAGUUAUUAAGCCAGGGAAAGCCAUUAAUGGGCUUGAAACAGAAAAGCUGUUAAACUGUAGAACCUGUGGCUUGCAUCAUUUAAUUUUUCUACUUCAUGUAAAGCCGGUAUUUUGCUAUUGGUAAUUGAUCGUGAUCCUCACUGUAACACACACAGAGUGAAAGAGGAAAUUCAGAUAAGACUACACUCUCACAACACCAACGGGGAUAGCAGAAUAGAAAGUCCAGAAGCUUGGUUGCCCUUAAUCAAGAAACACAGCAAUAGGAGAUCCGUACGACAGCGGACCAGUGAGGCAAAAGCUCAUACAAACAACGGAGUAAGAAAUGCACCAAUCUCAGUGGCUAAUAAUUGACCAACCAGAACCAGAGCUUGGAGUCAUAUAAGUUCACGUGUGACCAGUCGACGAAGACUAGCAAGGCAAGGUCUUUAAGUGUUGCUUUUUCUAGUGUCACAUUCGUCACUGACGCGAGUCAUGACGUCAUACUGGUACAAGGACUAUUGACUCAGAGGCCAUGAGGGCGAGAGGAAUAAUUGUAUUAGUAAAAUCCAACUAGUUGGUCAAAAAUAUCGAGAAUAAAAAAAUUUUAGCUAGUUAAAGCUAGACUUUAGACGCUAAAAAGCCCGCACUUUUCGCUACUAGUGGGCUAUAACAUAUAGCCUAGUAGUAGCUCAACCAAUUAGAACACAUCAUUGAUAAUAGACAACUAGUUGGAUUUUACUAAUAUCUAUUAUUCAAGCGUUAAUCCUUUCGUUUUUUUUUUUUCUAUCCAAUGAUUUUAUCUACAAUGGUUUUAAUUUCGUUAUUUUUUUCUAGCCGGCGAGUAACCUCUCCAUCUUGCGCCUUCUCGCUCAGUUCCCUUCACUCACCCGAAUAGGAGAGCUUGCUUGCAGGCUAUAUUUUUUCCAAUCAACUCUUGAAGUACGCAGUUGAAACGUCGCGAUCUACAUCAUUAAGUGACUGAAUCGUGAGACAAACUUUAACACUUUCUUAACAUCAAUAUUGUAGACCAGUAACACGGCCGACGUGAAAUCUUUGGUUGCAAGAGUCCCUUUGGAAAUAAAACAUCUCUUACCCACAUGCACAGAUCGGACAUUGAUUAACUGGACAAGUUAUCUGGGCAAGUAGAUGUUCUUACGGGACAGGAAUUGGAAAGCUAGAGGAAGACCUUAGUUCAGAAGUACCUUACAGUGACGUUAAUUCAACCGGGGACCAACCAGCGCUAGCUGUGUUUGCUGUUUGACUAAAUUUUAUCCAAAAUUUUGUACUUAUUCGAAUCCCAAUGCUUUCUUGUGAUUGUCUUAUAAACCUCCGGGUGGCCUUGCUCAUAUGAGCAACACUGAAAAUAAACCUUGUAAAUACUCUUGAUGAACGUUACAUCUGAAAAAAUCAAGAAUCCGCCGCAAGAUCUUUAGGGGAAGUGGACUACUUUUAAUGUGUAUAUUAACAAUAACUUACAUUGUGUAUCUUACUAAAGCUCCCGUUCAAGAAAAUCAGGUUUUAUCAUUUGUCUAGUAUCGCCAAACAUUAUAUUUAAAGUGUUUUAAAUAGAAUAAUGCAGAAACAGAGGCUGACUCAUAUUGAUCUUUAAAGCUCUGAUAGAACCUACAACUUGCCCUAAAAAUUAAAGUUAAUGUUAAUUUUCUCAUCAGCUUAUUUGAGCAUGUUCUAUAUUCUAUAUUUGGAGAUAAACAAAGUUGUCUACGUUAAACUUUUGUGUAAAAACAUGGAUGGGAUCAAUUUUUUUAUCAGGGCUCAGGGAUCAAAAUUUGGGGGAAAAUGGGGCUCAGGGAUCAAAAUAACGGCAAGAAAAUAGGGAUCAAUGGGUCCCGGAUAUACCAUGUUACGACCCUGUUAAAGCCAGCCAAAAAAAAGAUCAAAAAUCAAAAGGGCUUCCAACAACACUUGAAAAAAUCCCUGGACAAAAAAAAUUAACUCCCAAAUUCCCCUGCUGAACUGCUGAGUCUCAAUUAAUAAUUCACUAUGGCAAAAGGGAAUUCCUGAGAUAAUAAAGUUGGGCAAUAAAAACAAUAGUCAAUACAUCAACACCUUGCUGGAUAUACAGCCCCAAGUCACUACAUGUAAUUACCCUAUACAGUUGAACCUCCGGUAAGCAAUCACCCAAAAUGCAAAGGCUGAGUGGUCGCACUUGCUUUACUGAGCUUUCCUGCUGUGAAACUUGUGUCAGAGCUCAACCUGUGGCAAUUAGCUCAAAACAAGUAAUAUUUGCCCACAUACAUUCUAGCCUCAAACAUUCUAGGGCAGGGGCGGAUCCAGGAUUUUUUUUAGGAGGAGAUCCACUCAUCUCUUGCUCUACUUCAACACCAAAAAACCACAUAGUUUUUUUUUUUUGCAGAAUACCAGUUGUAUUAGAAAACCGCAGGUCACCCAAGGGUGUGGGGUGCGCACCCCCUGCACCCUCCCCCUAGAUCCGCCCCUGUAGGGCUAUAAAUAAAAAUGCACUCUUUACACAAUGAAGGCAUCGCAAAGGUUAGUCAAACAUUGAAGGGACUGUUUGGUUUAUUUCGUUGGUGGUAUUUUUUAAGGAGAUUUUUUUAAAACAUGUCGUUGCAAGAUCUCUGUCUGAUGGGUUUCCUUGUUAUAUAUAAUUGUUGCUGUUCAUUUCUGCUUAUUCCUCUUACGAUUAUCUCAGCUUGUAUGGAACCUGGCAGGAGAGAUAAGCCUGUAUUUGACAUCAACUGCUUCCUUUCUCACAGUCCUUGAUCUAUAGCCAACAGCAAUGAAAGCAACUCCAAAAGCUCCCAAUUUCACUCAAAUCAAAACUUAACAGGAAUAAUAUAUUCAUUGAUCUGUAAUUUUGAGGAGGUUUAGUGGUAUUAGUUAAUGAACUCAACCAAGCAUGAUGCAAAGUUUUUUGAAGGUUCUAUAGCACUAUGUGCAUUAAUUUUGAAUUCUCAACAUCCUGUCAAAAAAAGCUAAGUUUGGUACAUGGGAAGUAAUGGGAUAGUACUGUGCUUUUAAGCUUCCAGCCCUCUCCUUCAUAUAAGCAACCACCUUCAAUAAACACCCUGCCUUGCUAAAUAAAUGGUAUACCGGACUUUUAUCUUUCAAAAGGAUAGCUUAAACAUUACAGGCACAACAGAAUAACUAAUAUUUGGAGACAUCACACGAUCAGAUGUUAAUGACCGACCAGCUCCUCUGAAAGUAAUGUAUUUAAGUAAGGAUAGUUUUAAUGGAAAGUUCCAAGCUAAGAACAUGACCGAAACACACUUGGGUAUUUAUUGAAAAAUACGUUGUAGUUUCAUUGCUUCGUUUUUUUGUCUGUUUGAAACAAAGACAAAUGCUAUCUUGAGGCUGAAAUACUUAAAUAUGAAAUAAGCGACCCCUUCAAAUACAUGUAAGUAUCUCCCCCUCAAAUAAGCAUUCACUACAAAUAAGCACACCCUCCUGGGAUUAUUUCCAGAUCUGCAGAAAUCAAAUUAUUUGUCACUUUAUAAUUAUGUUACAUGCAAUAACCCCACGUACCUGAUGCAUGUUCACUUACUUAAAAUACACCCAUAGCCAAAAUUUGAAAACACUGUGUUUCUUAAGCUACAGUCUGAGCAGUACACAAUAAUGACAUCAUUUUCCUAAUGCAUCAUGUCAGUUUCACUGACAACAACAGUUACAGAGUCUGGUGCACCUCAUCAGUGAUACAUGUAGCAAACAGUACUUAUUGACUCAAGCCUCCAUUUGGUACCAGUCCUCUCAUUGGUGACCACCUCCCAUAAGCAACCAAAAAAAAAAACAGGAAAAUUUCCGCAACUGAAUCACAACAGCUGGAGUCUCUUGUGAAUGAUCCCCUCUCAUAAGAAACCAGAAUGACUGUUUUGGAUGUCAGAUGAUUUUAAAAUUUUCAAUUGUGUUUAUCCCCCUGUAGCAAACAUUUGAGGCAUUUUAAUGUUCAAUCUUUUUGUUUGCUGUAGUACUCAAAGCACAUGACAACAGGGAUGCAGGGGUAAAUACAACAAGUAGGCAGGGAAUAAAACAGCUAGGGAAUUCUUUUUGGUUCUAUUUUUUCUUCCAUUUUCUUACGAAAGUAGGCGAUGGCCACAUUCAUAGUAGCUGCAGGGGGAAAUCACCAGCCCCCACCAGUUAAUGACAGCCCUGGACACCUAUGAAACUACACAUAUUGUAGAUUCUAAAUUGCAUGCAAUGAGUUCUGUUCCAAAAUGUGGAUGUGUUGGGACCUCCAUCUUCUAGGAAGGGACCUAUUGUUGUUUGAUUCAAUAAGUAGCCACCUCCUUAUAAGAUGACCAGCCACUCAAUCAUAAUUUGUACUGUGAGUGCAUGGUCAUCAACAAGAAAUAGUUUAGACUGAAUUUAAAUGAGAAAGAGGAGACACUAGGAAAAAAAUUGUAGCUACUUAUUAAAAGCAGAAAAGAAACCCUUGAGUUCAUUUCCUUUUUCAGCAAGAAUAGGAUAAAGUUUAUUGUUCCUGAAUUUCUUAGAAGGUGCAAUUAAAUUUCCUCAAAUAUAAACAGCUUUCGAUCCUUAUGCUCUUUAAAUGUGUAAUAAUUAUUCUUUAAAAUACUAAUUGGUGACAAGUUUCUUUGUCGACCCUGGCCUUCAGUUCUACUUAUACAAUAUUGUGGAUAAAAAUUGAAAUAAUUACAUUGCUUAAGUACCAACAAUAUGAGUUGUUGACACAGUUAAUUGUUAUUGAAUGUAUUCCUCUUCCAAAAUAAGAUCAAAUGAAUGCACCCUUGUAUAACACACUGAGCCUAGCAUUUGUCAUUCUAUCAUAAUCUUUAAAUUGAAGGUUUCAGAAAAUUAAUACUGAGAUGAUACCAUUUGCUGCUACUCAUUGUGAAAUGACAAGGAAAACAACAUACACUGUAAUUUUGCAAAAUGUUUAGUAAGGAUUUUCAGUCACUAAUAACAAUUAUUCCACAAGGGCGCUUUGGAUAUGAGAUGGUAGAUAGCCAAUGAGGCGCCGAGUUGGCUAUAAUCAUCUCAUAUCCAACAAACGCAAGUGGAAUAAUUGUUUUUUUAAAAACGCCUACAAAAUAUCAAGAAUUCUUUGUGACCUUUACUGAUUUGUAAAAACAAUGACACGUACAGUUAAACCAGUGACACGUACAUCAUACACCAUGAUGGCUAAGACAAUCAGAGCUCUAGAACUGCAUUAUUUAUCCAAUGAUUCAGUUUUUAAUAAAAGCUAUAAUAGCUAAUACAGGAAUUAAAAGUAAAGUUUACGUUUAUUUUGGACCUGAUGAAUCUAUUGUUUUAAAGUAAAUGACAAAUCAGUGGCAGUUGCAAGUCUGCAUUGCAUGGAGGACAGAAAAUAGCUGCUGGUGUAUAAAAAGUUGGCACACAAUAGGCUACAAGUCCCAGCGACAUGACAUAGGGCCAUGCAGCUGCAGGUCACAAAUGUAACUUGUUGUUUGGAAAAAAUUCAUUCUGCUGCAAGGACAGAUUUUCUUAAAUAUAUUCUAUAAUUUAUUGUACGUGUCACACAAUCAAAGUGAAUUAGCACUGUGACCUGUCCCUGCAGACCUUAAAUGCACUGACUUGUCACCCAGUGUAACUAUGCCAGCAUCAAAUCGUAAAGAAAAGCUAAAAUCAAUUACCUCUGCUUGGAAUCAAACUCAGAACCUUUGAAAUCCUAAUAGACCAGAAGCAAUUGCUGCCACAGAAACCAUAAUUUUACUGAGAAGAGUUCUAUAGAUCAAAAAUCGAUGCAUCUAAACUGUCUGACAGAGAAUUCAAACUCCUUUCACAAAAUGGUUUGAAAUUAAUGGUCAGACAACUGACCUGUUGAGGCAACUUUGGAGAAUAUGAUUAAAACAGUACAGACCAUAAUAUAAAGAGCUUCCAUAACAUCUUUUUGCAAAUAUUGCAGGCUCUCUACUGAUGUGACGUGGUAUAAUAUAAUACUACCUCACAUUGCACGCUCAUCUCAUUCCAUGACAAUUAUAACCAUCCACCAAAGGCAAUUUUGCACUUGCCAGUGACCAGGUCAACUGGAUGAAAUGCCACUUAAAUAAGCUACGGGUGAAAAAUCUGCAUAGUUAAUAAUAUUGUCUACUAAUUAAAGAUUUUUUUAAUGCAGCUAACAACAUCUGCUCUAGAUUAAUUCUUUCAUUUUAAUUCUCUAAAAUUCACCUAUAUUGAUGAUAUAAUUUUGAUUUUUCCAUAGGUUAAUAUUUUUGUUAUUUCUAGAUGAUAAGAAGAACUGUCAAGACUUUUAAUUAACAAUUUGAAACCUGGUGCAUUAUUCCAGUACAGAAUUGGGAGCUUACGUAAGACAUAAAUAUGGUGAAAGAUUAACAGUUUUGGAUCUGAAAGGAGAAGGACUCUUCAGGGUACCUGAUGCAGUCACUGAACGGAGUGAAAUAGAGAUACAGAUACUUGUGCUGGAUGAAAAUAAACUGAUUGAAUUACCAGUAAGUAUCAACAAGCUGAAAAAUCUCAUCCUGCUAAACUUGAAAAAUAACAAACUCACCAACCAACCAAUUGGUUGGUUUACCUACCAGUACACAGAGGCUGACCAAGCUUGAAAAGCUGGACUUGGAUGAAAAUAACAGGGUCGUAACAUGGUAUAUCCGGGACCCAUUGAUCCCUAUUUUCUUGCCGUUAUUUUGAUCCCUGAGCCCCAUUUUCCCCCAAAUUUUGAUCCCUGAGCCCUGAUAAAAAAAUUGAUCCCAUCCAUGUUUUUACACAAAAGUUUAACGUAGACAACUUUGUUUAUCUCCAAAUAUAGAAUAUAGAACAUGCUCAAAUAAGCUGAUGAGAAAAUUAACAUUAACUUUAAUUUUUAGGGCAAGUUGUAGGUUCUAUCAGAGCUUUAAAGAUCAAUAUGAGUCAGCCUCUGUUUCUGCAUUAUUCUAUUUAAAACACUUUAAAUAUAAUGUUUGGCGAUACUAGACAAAUGAUAAAACCUGAUUUUCUUGAACGGGAGCUUUAGUAAGAUACACAAUGUAAGUUAUUGUUAAUAUACACAUUAAAAGUAGUCCACUUCCCUAAAGAUCUUGCGGCGGAUUCUUGAUUUUUUCAGAUGUAACGUUCAUCAAGAGUAUUUACAAGGUUUAUUUUCAGUGUUGCUCAUAUGAGCAAGGCCACCCGGAGGUUUAUAAGACAAUCACAAGAAAGCAUUGGAUUCGAAUAAGUACAAAAUUUUGGAUAAAAUUUAGUCAAACAGCAAACACAGCUAGCGCUGGUUGGUCCCCGGUUGAAUUAACGUCACUGUAAGGUACUUCUGAACUAAGGUCUUCCUCUAGCUUUCCAAUUCCUGUCCCGUAAGAACAUCUACUUGCCCAGAUAACUUGUCCAGUUAAUCAAUGUCCGAUCUGUGCAUGUGGGUAAGAGAUGUUUUAUUUCCAAAGGGACUCUUGCAACCAAAGAUUUCACGUCGGCCGUGUUACUGGUCUACAAUAUUGAUGUUAAGAAAGUGUUAAAGUUUGUCUCACGAUUCAGUCACUUAAUGAUGUAGAUCGCGACGUUUCAACUGCGUACUUCAAGAGUUGAUUGGAAAAAAUAUAGCCUGCAAGCAAGCUCUCCUAUUCGGGUGAGUGAAGGGAACUGAGCGAGAAGGCGCAAGAUGGAGAGGUUACUCGUCGGCUAGAAAAAAAUAACGAAAUUAAAACCAUUGUAGAUAAAAUCAUUGGAUAGAAAAAAAAAAAACGAAAGGAUUAACGCUUGAAUAAUAGAUAUUAGUAAAAUCCAACUAGUUGUCUAUUAUCAAUGAUGUGUUCUAAUUGGUUGAGCUACUACUAGGCUAUAUGUUAUAGCCCACUAGUAGCGAAAAGUGCGGGCUUUUUAGCGUCUAAAGUCUAGCUUUAACUAGCUAAAAUUUUUUUAUUCUCGAUAUUUUUGACCAACUAGUUGGAUUUUACUAAUACAAUUAUUCCUCUCGCCCUCAUGGCCUCUGAGUCAAUAGUCCUUGUACCAGUAUGACGUCAUGACUCGCGUCAGUGACGAAUGUGACACUAGAAAAAGCAACACUUAAAGACCUUGCCUUGCUAGUCUUCGUCGACUGGUCACACGUGAACUUAUAUGACUCAAGCUCUGGUUCUGGUUGGUCAAUUAUUAGCCACUGAGAUUGGUGCAUUUCUUACUCCGUUGUUUGUAUGAGCUUUUGCCUCACUGGUCCGGUGUCGUACGGAUCUCCUAUUGCUGUGUUUCUUGAUUAAGGGCAACCAAGCUUCUGGACUUUCUAUUCUGCUAUCCCCGUUGGUGUUGUGAGAGUGUAGUCUUAUCUGAAUUUCCUCUUUCACUCUGUGUGUGUUACAGUGAGGAUCACGAUCAAUUACCAAUAGCAAAAUACCGGCUUUACAUGAAGUAGAAAAAUUAAAUGAUGCAAGCCACAGGUUCUACAGUUUAACAGCUUUUCUGUUUCAAGCCCAUUAAUGGCUUUCCUGGCUUAAUAACUAUUGUAGAUUGUUAGGGGACAUAUCUGGUUGCAGGUCUUCCAGACCUACUCCUUCUAGCUUCAAAUCUAAUUGGCUCUGAAAAGUUGUCCGCCUGAGCUUGCUCACCUUCCUCUUCGUCACCACCUGACGCAGGUGAAUCAUCUGAUUCAACUGACCCCUGGAGCAAUGCAACUAGGCAUUUCUCUUCAAGGCAGCUCAAACAGAAGUUGUUUCCAUCUUUUAUUAUUUGAGCUUUCCCGAUGAUACACUUAGGUGAAUUUCUAUCGUCACGGUCCAGUCUAGUAUACAAGGGGAUCUUCUUCUGACUGUUUCAGCCAUCUCAAACCCAUAUGAUCUUCCAGGAAUGAGAUCUUUUAAAAAGAACUGCUUGGAAGAAAGGAAUGAUAUACCUCUUGUAAUUGUGCUUGAGAGCAACUACGUCGUCUUUUGAAUAAAUAAUCUCAUAUUCUUCGGCUGCGUCUUGAACUGUAGUUUGUCCUUCACUCCUGUAAACCUCUUUCAGCAGAUCGACUUCUCUAUGUGCCGACGCAUUCCCUCUGAACAUACUCAGAGUAAGUGGAAGUGUACCAGCUCUUUCUUUGGUCUCUUGUUCGUUGCUGUCCUACACCCCGACCGAAUUCUUUCGCAAAGCUCUGCAAUGCCUUCCUUUGUCGAUCCUUUGCCUCCGCGCUCGUUUCCUCGUCCAUAUCUUCCUUAAGGUUUACUCUUGCCGUGCGACUUUGGAAGCCAUUCCGGUUCCUUUGGACCCAGCUUUUCUGUGUAAUGGCUUUGAGGAUCGGUAUAAAAGAUAAACGAUGAUUGGUAGAAACCUCUCUAUUGAUUCUAAAAGGCAGCUGGGCCGCCGCGAUGCGUAGUCGCUCAGAGCGGGUGUUCUCACUCCACUAAAAAUGCAGGCUCCAAAUCUAAGGUGGUGAUACCUUUCGGGGCCGACCAUUACAUACGCCGAGGCCGAAUAGCCUAAAGGGCCGAAAAAAUUCUUGUAGAUCAAUAUUGUCGCUAAAGUCUGUACAUUUUGUGUAAAACAAAAUUGCUACUGCACGAAUGAGGUUCGAAAAAAAUCUUGCAUGAAAAAAAUAACCCAUCCCCAGCUCAAAAAUCAAAUAGUGGGCCCCUUACUGGUGGCCCUUCAUGCUGAGUGCUAUAAUAUAUUAAAUUCCUGCAGACUCUGCUACAUCUACCUAGUCUAAAACAUUUCUUUCACCAAUUCAACCGUUUAUUUCAUAAAAAAAACACUAAAGAAAAUAAACUAUAAAGGCUUUGUUACUUUUAUGUCACCGAGGUAAGUCUCUGGUGUUCCACUCAUUUUCACUAAUUCUGUAACACUGUAAUUUCAGACUAUUUACUAUACAAGCAUUUAUCGUUUAUACAGUAAUGUAAUGCGAUGUGUCCUUUACUUUCCAGACCCAAUACUAGUACUGGUAGGUGAACCGAUCUCGGUUUCUCAUCAGAGUUCGAGAUAACCCCCCUAAAGCUCCAUGCAAUUAAAGCAGAUUUGUUAAAUUGCGAGAAGGCAUUUAUUUUGCAACAAAGCGCGCGAAUUCAUUGUACUUUUGUAUUCUACUUUUGAUGUCGAUUCUUAUUAUCUAAGUACUUUUAAGGGUUAAGUUACUGGUCAAAAAAUACGAACCUCGAUUUAUGGUCGCCUUGUGACUUACUUGAGGCGAUGAGGCAAUUGGGACCUAUACAGUCCUAUACAGUAAAUUCCGCUUUCAAUGAAUCGGUUUGUCUAUUGUCCUGGCGGUAUUGAUAUGUUUGAUCGGCCGAAAAACUCUAUGCUUGGACCCUUGCCAGGAGUAAAUCAAAGAAGUACUUACGUACCUUUCCCCUUUCACAGGAUUUCUUUUUGUCCUUUUUCUUCCUCCCCAUUUCUCGCAAAAAAAAGAUAUGUAUAAGUCGCUUUCUCUGCCUUCUGGCGUUGACAGCGUGCUGAGGAGUUGCGUUACAAAGCGAGAAAAGUGACUUGAGAUUCAUAUUACGGUGCCCUCACGACUUAAUGAUAAAUUAAGAAUAUGAUACCGUGUUUUCGUCAAACAACCAGGACUUCGUAUGACUGGAACUGCCGCCAGCCGGAAGCAAGAAUAGGUAAUGUACCUCGGACAGGAAAUUCUAUGGACACAAACCUUAUUAUGCGGAAAAAUAUUGUGAUAAGAGAUUUUUAGGCCGUGUAAUAAAUCUGAUCCCUGAUUCGGGCUCAAAAGCCUUGUGAUCCCUGAUCUCAUUCUUCUGAGCCCUGAGCCCUUUCCUCUGAGCCCUGAUCCCAAUCAAAUUUUGGGCUUCGAGCCCUGAGCCCAUAUACCAUGUUACGACCCUGAAAUAAACUAAGUGAACUACCUGCUGAGAUUAGUGACCUCAGGGAGCUGAGGGAGCUGAGUAUGAGUAACAACCAGUUGGUUGGUUUACCUACCAGUAUACAGAGGCUGACCAAGCUUAAAUUGGCUGUACUUGAGUGGAAAUAAACUAACUGAACUACCUGCUGAGAUUAGUGACCUCAGGGAGCUGAGGGAACUGUGGGUGAGGAACAACCAGUUGGUUGGUUUACCUACCAGUAUACAGAGGCUGACCAAGCUUGAAAAGGUGGACUUGAGUGGAAAUAAACUAACUGAACUACCUGCUGAGAUUAGUGACCUCAGGGAGCUGAGGGAACUGUGGGUGAGAAACAACCAGUUGGCUGGUUUACCUACCAGUAUACAGAGGCUGACCAAACUUGAAGAGCUGGACUUGAGUGGAAAUAAACUAACUGAACUACCUUCUGAGAUUAGUGACCUCAGGGAGCUGAGUGUGAUACGUAAUCCUUUAACUGUUGACGCAGUAAGACGUGCCUUAAUGUUAAGGAGGAAAUUAAAGGGGUACUUGUACGUGGUGUUGUAGGUUAGCACAGCGGAUAUUGUAGUUAUUUGUAUUGUAGUUUAAAAAAAACCGAGAUAAAAUUCCACUAUUUGCCUAGGAAAGGGAAGUCAGGUUUUUUUUUUUCAGUUAGCGGGGGUUUCGCGAAUUCAGUGAGAGUUUGAUAAAUUAAGAUAUGUUUCGGAACCAGUCCAGACUAUUUCCUGACUCCGCAGUGUUCUAGCUUAAAAAGCAAACAUUCAUGGUCGACCAAGUGGAAAGCUUUCUUCAAGUCAAUAAACAGUCAACUCCUGUAAUCAUUUGCCUAUCCAUGUGUUCCAAAAUAUAAUCAGUGAGGUAAACUACCGCAGUUUCAGUAGAGUGCUUCUUUCGAAAACCCGACUGGAAGUCUGACAAUAAGUCAUGUUCUGUCCAAAAAGCCAAGAUAUUGAACUUGAAUAGCGCGCUCCAUAAUCUUUGACACCAGGGGAAGAACUGAGAUUAGUCGGUAAUUAUUGACAUCGUUCCUUGCUCCCGAUUUAGAAAUGGGUGUUACUCUUGCAUCCUUCCACUCAGCAGGAAUAAGUCCUGUUGAAAUAGUAAGGUCAAAAAAGCCAAGAAUUGAACUUGAAUAGCGCGUUCAUAAUCUUUGACACCAGGGGAAGAACUGAGAUUAGUCGGUAAUUAUUGACAUCGUUCCUUGCUCCUGAUUUAAAAAUAGGUGUUACUCUUGCAUCCUUUCCACUCAGCUGGAAUAAGUCCUGUUGAAAUAGUAAGGUUAACCAGAUACGUGAUCGGUUUAGCUAUAACUGGAGCUGCAUUCUUCAAAAGUCUUGCAGAAAUACCAUGAUCAGGACCCGGGGCUUUAGUCAACUUGCCAGUUAGACAGCUCCUUCUCAAACUCAUUAAUAAUUCAUCAAGUGAUAAACCAAUUGCGUGUCCGCAUUUAGGUCACAUGGAUGCACCUUGAUACAGCGUGUUUGGAUAUCCAAACACGUGUGUUUGGAAAUCAGUUAGAAAACGCAAUACACAACUUAAACAAAGCUUUAUUACUUCAUUUCUGCAUCUAAGCUUCGACGAAAAAUAGCAAACCUGAAAAGCAGUAAAUUAUAAAUUUCGUAAACAUUCUAAGUUUCUAUAUCACAUAAAGCACACUAGAUUUUUAAGGGAAAAGCCCUGGGGACGAGGUUGCAUACAAGGAACGAGACGGAUAGCGACCACCGUUCUUAUUGGUAACUUCUUGGACGAACUUUGUGAGCCAAUAGUUUAGGGAAAGACUAUCCAGGUCCUCCAACUUCUCUUCGAAACUUUGCACACGGUGAACAUCAUAAUCUUUGAACACACUUCCCGCGUCAAGUAUACAGAAUUUUUGCUCGCGCGCUGCUUUCCAAGUUCUGAAAACUUCAACGGCCCACUUGUCUUUAUACUGUGUACUUUUAGGCUUGGACUGUACAAUUCAAUUCAAUUCUUUAUUCACACUAUACAAGAUAUUUACAAAAGUGUACAUAGUAGGAAAAUAAAGUAGCUACAAAUAAUAAUUAACUAAAAGAUAUUACGCAAUAUUGGGCGGUCUAAACCGGCAAGAUUCAUCCUCAGCUAACCCGUCCAUGUUUCGGAACUAGCAGAACGCCACUGAAUGCAAAUUGUGACUACUUGAAAUAAACAAGCUUCAGUUGUGAAAAACACGGACAUUAUCAUCACAAACUAUGCCCUGAUUAAACAAAAGAAGGCAAAAAUCAUAUGCUUAUGUGAUUCUUGCUUUCUUUUGUUCUUUUGUUUUCUUUUUUCUUUUGUUUGCAAUUAGGCGCCGAUUGAGAAGCCAUUUCAAAAACUCGUGCUUCGUGGUUUACCGGUGUUUCCAAACACUCGAAAACUAUAAAAGCCCUCGGCCGUUUCAUCAGUUUUCUCGUAUGUGCAAAACCCGGUAAAACACUCGCACUCGUUUUUGAAAUAUUACUUCAAAACAAAGUUACUUGACACCUUUUGAAAAACAAAGUUUUGCGCAACUCUAAGAGUUAAAAUAUCGGGCAGCCUAGUCUUACUUUUGUAAUGACCACACAGUUUCUCAACAACUGACGUGAAAAACUCAUUAAAGCUAGUAGCCGUUAAAUUUUCAGAGGCUGGAGCAUUCGCAGUUUUGUGUUGCUUCUUGUUUGGUAUAAGCACGUUCAGAGUUUUCCACAAUUUACGCGAGUCCUGUUUUUCACAUAGCUGAUUUGAAUAAUAACUGGCUUUUUCCUUACGAAGUUUCAUCGACACAGCGUUACGCAACCUUUUGUAGCUGCUCCAGUGAAGCUCUUUGUUAGUUUUAAUGGCUUUUUUGUGAUGAUAAUCGCGCUUUUUCAUCAAGUCCUUUAUAGUAGCAGUGAUCCACGGUAAAGAUCUCCCGCGUACACGACGAUUGACUACUGGAGCAUUAAGGCCGAUACACACGAGGGGUUUUGCUCCCGGAGCAUGCUCCAGCGGCACGCUUCGGGAGCAAAGCUCCUCCGUGUGUACCAACGAUUUCAUGGGUAUACUUCAUCCUCGCGAACAGAAUUUCCACCCCGCAAAAUGCUCCACGAUAUUUAACCGGUUAAAUAUUUGGGAGCAAGCUCCCGGAGCAAAUUGAGCGAACUUGAAAACGCUCCCUCGUGUGUACUGACACGUGCAAAAUGAGCCUGGAGCAUGCUCCGGGAGCAAAACCCCUCGUGUGUAUCGGCCUUUAGGGUUUUCCGAUUUAGCGGAAGUUCGAGCCAUUUUUCCGAGGUGUGAGAUUGAUCCAUUAUACUGUAAAAGGUCAUCUCGAUUUUUUUCGUUAUAAGUAAAUCUUUGCAUGAAGUCAUUGCUUAUGCAAAAUAUCUGGCUCGUAAAAGGAUGAAUGAGCACAAACAUGGUUGGUAAUUUCUUUUUUUUUUAAACAAGAGGAGUCAUUUGCAGUAUUUGCGUCUAGCAGUCGCAUUUGGCCGAUACACGUACGCUGCAAAUAAAUUCACACUCGGUGCUAACGGUUUUUAAAAGUCGUUUAAAAGAUAAAGCAUAUACGCUAACAAGGAAAAAAGUAAACAAUCUGCCUUUGUUUGCUAGAUGAUAUCGUGGGCAGGGAGGGAAUCUCUCACUAUAUCUGAUUUUUCUUCAUUAACCUGCGAUCAGCAGGCGGUCCUUAGAUUUUCUCAUUUUCUUUGGGAGGCCUGAUCGCGGGUUAUUUCUAUAUUUGCUACGUCAAACGUAAAGAAGAAUCGUUUUCAUUGUCUCAUCGAGUGCCAUAUAAAUACGAUAAUUUAUAAACAGAAAAGGAACAACCUUGUAUAUCUCCUCUCCUAUAAAUUGGGAAAGACGGCGGGAAGUCUCCAGGCAUCGUAUCUUGCAAUUUCGUCUACUUGUGGAUAUCUAUUCGACUCUGUGCAUUUUGUAGGUUAGGGUGAGGGUUGAAAACUAUGGCAAAAGCUCAAUAAAUUAAUACAAACGGCAUAAUGUGCAAUCAUAGUUAUUGGUGCAAUCCAACUAACUAAGCGAAUGCAAAUAUUUUUUGACACUGGCGCGAAAUUCCAUGAGUUCCCACUAAGGUGCGGAAUUGCAGAAGAAAGCCUCAUAAGAAAUUAAUAUCUCGUUGUUUGAAACAAGUUCACCAUGAAAAGCAGUUUUGACUGGCCUUAAGGAAUAUUCUACCCUAAAGGGUUUGAUAACGUUAUUACGAAUUGACCAAAAAGCACUGUAUACAUUUCAAUUGUCGUUUUAGAAAGGUAAAGUAAAGUGGAUCACACACAGAUAUUUCUCCAGUGGAAACAGUUAUCCACCUUUCGCACAACUGGGCCCUGUACCUUAGUCAGGACGGGUAUACUGUGUCGUGGCAUGGAUACUUAAAGCUAGCUAUAUCAAUUUUCUCUUUGGUUUUGUAAACUAGGUGGCUGAACUUUGAGAAAGUCAUCAACGCUUUGCUUUCCAAGCCAGUUUAUUACCUGAGUAUAACAAAGCUACGGACCCAUGUUAAGGAGAAUUGCUUCGUCGAUGAUGAGGAAGAGUUUACCACCAUGGUGAAUUUCUAUCAUGACCUGGGAAUAAUUAUCGAGCACCGUAGCACAGUCAUCUUGAGUACCCAGUGGCUGAUCACUAUUCCAGAUUUUACGAAAAUGGUAAGAAAUACAAUUUAACGUGUUUUUAAACUUGCCAUAUUUUAUAACGGACCCCAUUUUGGAUGACAUCGCGGAUGUGAAACCGUGCCGUAACAAAUAAAAAUGAUUAUGUCUCGUGCAUUGCACGCUAGCUUUCGUGUGUGUCAUCAGCACAAUCUACCUUUAAAGGGGUGCAAUGGAAGUACAUUGCAUGACUUGUAGAAUUAUCCUCAAAUGUAGUCUUAAAGGAACGUCUCGCAACAGAAAAGAGUGGAAAGAUACAUAUAUAUAUACGUAUGCUAAAACCAGCGACUCUUUAUGUCGACCAAUCAGAACGCGCUUUUAUAGUUUGUGGAAGUGAAAUUUGGACCGUAAGAAUUUUCCGGCGAGUAAACCAAAUGCAGGAUUCUGGCAUUUACCUGGCGCUUUAAAGAACAUUCUAUAUAUUUAAAAUCUGAGGUCUGUUAAAAAGGUUAUGAUCUUUUUUCGCCCCCCAGAGAGAUUUAUUCACAGUUGUACUUUCUAGGCAGUCUUUCGUAACUUCCAUUUUAUAUGUGUCCUCACACAAAUCCGCAAAUUACAAGGAGAAAAGUUUUCCUUGAAUGUUUACUUAAAAUGUUAAGGAGUUUAUUUCUUUUAGAGAACUUGCUAAAACUUAUUAAUAUAACAUUUAAAAAAGUAAAAUGAUCCUGGAAGAAAGCUAUUUUGAAUAGUUUUGUGAUCAUUCAAUCAAUCAAAUCAAUCAAUCAAUCAGUCUUUAUUCUUCGUAAGAUACGUGUAAUAAAGUGGCUAAAGCCAGUAUUUAAUGGAGAAUAAACCUAUCAAGUUAUAUAUAUACACGCGUCUAUUGAUUACAAAAAGCAGGGCAGUGCGGUUCUAAUUACAAUUAGGUGUGAGGAAAAACUAAUAGAGUGUUGUUUUUGAGUCAAUUGUUCCUAAGGUAAAACUUGUUUUCGUGGCGGCACUUGGAAAUCAGUUCUGAUCUUUUAUUUAGGAUUCUGUCGGGGUUUGCAGUAAUGAUCAUUAGUUUCUUCGUAAGAUAAAAAGAUAAUUCGUAAGAUAAAAAGACAUAUCUUAAGUUACAUCAGCAGUUAGGAUUCUAAAAAUACAUACGACAUACUGUAUACAAGUAAUAGAAAGAUCAAAGAUUAUAUCUAAAAAUAAGCCUAUUUACAAAAACAUUCUUAAAUGUAUCGGUCUUUAUAUCCGGGCGAUGAGCACUUUUGUUUCUGAGUUGUUACUUUGUUUCUUUCUAAUCUUCGGAAUGAUGUUACUAAGCUGGAAAUCGGGAUCCACUGAACGUACCUUGAAAAGCUUAUCUGCCUUUUGUAAAAUUUCUCGAAUGUCCAUUCUCUUAGUCGCAGAAAUCUUACUCCAGACUGGCAUUUCAAAGAACCAGCUGAUUGUGAGAUCAUUUGUGAAAGACAAACAAAGAUUGAGGGAGUUGUUUUGUGAAGUCGAUCUGGCCAUCAUGCCAUCAAGAACUGAGGGGUUUGGUUUGACAGGAUUGGAGGCCAUGUCAGCUGGUCUUCCCAUUUUGGUUAGUGGAAACUCCGGAUUUGGAAAAGCACUGCGCGGUUUUCCAAUGGGUGAGUCAUUUGUGAUUGACUCUGAUGACCCUAAGGAAUGGGCAUAGAGAAUUGCAUAGGGUGAACAGAUUAGACCGCUUUUUUGUAGUGUAAUCUCGUUAAAAUGAAGUGGAAUAAAUAAUGUUCUCUCUAUCUCGUGAAUAAAAUGCGGUUGAAUCUCAUUGAGAUAACGCCACGAGCUAUUUUUACGUAGUAUUUAGUACAUCCAUUUAUAUAAGUUGUUGGGAUCAUACCCUUAUAUUGACAUAGAUUAGUCUAAAUUGUGUGUGUCAUGUCUUUAUUUGGUCAUGAAGACACCUGGACUUAAAAUCACUGAAUCACGAUGCCCUCAUUGUCCACUGCAGACAUCUUAGGUUGUCUUCACACUAUGCGGUAUAGUUUUUUGGCGGGCACGAGAAUCAUACCAGAUGGGGUUUCAGUUCACACACAAGAACGGUGAUUUCGGCGCGAUUUCUUUAACGCGCCGAUGCAGCUGUCUCUUUCGUAACGGUCGCUGCAAUUUUUUACACACUAAGAAAAUUUUUUAUCUGUUAUUUAGAGUGUUUCUAUAAACAAGAAAGAAAAUCGUAACCCAGGGUCAAAGCGGGACCUCGAACCCGGACCUGUCGCAUCCUAAUCUCUCUCCCUUACCACUAGACUACCCCACCGACCAAAAUGCUGAAAAAAUUUAAGUACAUACACUGACAAACUGUCUUUCUUAACUGUUACAUCAAUAACAGGUGACCCUAGCCCUUUCCAUAAAUUUUAACGAAAAUUCAACUUGGCUGCAACGCCGUUUUCUAACACUAUUCAAAAACGUAUUAUUUGCCUUUUUGUAACUAAAUGCAGGGAAUAUAUUACAUCUAUCAUGACUAAAGGCUUUGUUACUAAUGCUGGCAUCGACCGUUAAAAAUGGAAAAGACUGAUUACGAAAGGGAAUGAGGCCGUGCCGAUCUCUAAAGUGGAGAGUCACAUAUCGGAUAGAUGUUCACACUAUACUGGAUGGCUUCUCGUAUCGUCACGAAAGCUUAUCUGGUAUAGUAUGAUCAUAGCUUUAUUGUUCUGGUUCCGUUUUACUGAUUCUUGGUUGCCAAAGGAGAUAAAGACGUCAUCGACGUUAAUUUAUUCCACUUCAAAGUAAAGACUUCUAACUGGUGUGUCCUUAAUACUACUGAGGGGGACAUAUUAUUUCUAGUGCCGAUACUAAUGGUGUCGUCUUAUAAAGAGCUGACAGCGCAGCUGCCUGAAUAUAUACCUUCUACAAAAGCACUCUACAUUUUUCUCUAUUAACUACAGUAUUUUCUUUUUUUCUUACAGCCGGAUGGGACAGAACUGUUUCAUUUUGUUGAUGGAUAUCCAUCUUGGGAUGCCUACCUCACAAGUAUGAUGGCAGAUGGUAUAUGGGGUGAUCACGUGAUUCUACACGGCGCAGCAAACUACUUGCAAACGUGCAUCCAUGUGAUCAGCAGUCUUCCGCAUCGCCAUGACGUA